AGAAAAGCAGGGAUGGCGUCGAUCUCGCCGGAAAUGGGCCUUGAUCUUAAGCUCUCGGCGACGAGAAGCGUCAGUGGGUUCAUCCGUGAGGCAUCGGCGAUUGAGGAUGGCGAUGCGAGGCUUGCGAAGGUUGAGGAGUAUUUGAGGAUCUUGGAGGAAGAGAAGAGAAAGAUUGAGGCUUUUAGAAGAGAGCUUCCGCUUUCUAUGAUCCUUGUCUCUGAUGUGAUUGGUGGGUUGAAGGAGGAGCUGGAGCAAUGGCGGGGAGAUCGGUAUGCGUGUCCGGUGGUGGAGGAGUUCAUGCCGAUCAAGAGGAGUAGAUUGGAGGAUGAGGGAGGGAUGAAGGUGGAGAUCGAUUGUAAGGAUAAGAUGAAUUGGAUGAGCUCUGUGCAGCUAUGGAGCGAUAAUUAUUGCCAAAAUGAAGAGAUUAGUUGCAAGAAAAACUCCCUUGAGAGAAUGGAAGCACAAUCUGAGAAAGAGAACCAAUCUUUGGAACCAAAGAGCAGGGCUGCAGGAGGAGCAUUCAUUCCAUUCAAAGGAUCAUCAAUGGCCAAGAAAGAGGAGAAGCCUGCGGGGCCUCUGCCAGACCUCUCUUUGAUCCCGCCGUCCAUCAAGAGUUCCCGGCCGGUUGUAGCAUCGGCGGAGGAUCAUCCCUAUGGAGUCUCAUCAGGUUCCAAAAGUGUAGUUGCAGGGAGAGCUCAUAUGUCUCCUCCAACCAGUGCUAGCUUGAGCCUUCAGGCUCAACAGCAACCACCGAGGAAGGCAAGGCGAUGCUGGUCACCGGAGCUCCACCGGAGGUUUGUUAUCGCACUGCAACAACUCGGCGGUGCCCAAGUGGCCACUCCAAAGCAAAUUAGAGAGCUCAUGAAGGUUGAUGGACUUACAAAUGAUGAAGUCAAGAGCCAUUUGCAGAAGUAUCGGUUGCACACCCGGAAAGCGCCAAACUGUGUGUCUCAGGCAAAUAGGUCUGUCAUGGUUAUGGGAGGAGGUCUAUGGGUUUCUCAAGAACACUUCACUGCAGCAUCAUCGCAACAGAGUGCUUCACCAUCAGGCUCCCCUCAAAGCCCUCUGCAAUUAACCGGUGCUUCCCGUGCAGUGUCUCUCACCGCCGGCGAUAGCUAUGAGGAAGAGGAUGGAAAAUCAGAGAGCUACAGCUGGAAAUGAGUAGGCCAAUCUAAGAGCCAUGAAUUCAUUGAAAAAUUUUGCUGCUGACUGAUGGAGUCUGUUGUAUAGUAAAACCGAAGUUUUGCUGACAGAGAGAACUCUCAGAGAAGCUCAGAGUGCGGUGCCGAAAUAAUGUGUUAUACAGGACAUAGGAGAAAUUCACUGAGGAGAUGAGUCAUGAGGAGCUCAUCAACAUCGAAAUUUUGCUGCAGAGUUACUGUUAUUGUUAAUUUUAUCGUUUGCGUUGUCGAAUCUAUAUACCAUGAGAGGUUUAUUAUAUUAUGUAUGUUGCUUAUCAAAGAGAAAAUGUACCUUGGAUACAAAUUCUUACUGGUUUUCAAUAUGGAUUUCGAAUCUGUUUAUUCAGUUCA